AUGAGUACAAAAGGACAUUCAGUAAGACAAUUACAAAAUAUAUUUAAUUGUGGAAAAACUCAGGUUUACGAUACUCUUAAAAAUCAAAAUAGAAUUAAAGAAGAAUGGUUAAAAGGAAACGGUAAAAUGAUAAAAGCAAUGAAGCAUAAUGAUAAUGAAAUUAUUAACAACGAAAUUCGGGAUUGGUUUGUAGCUGUACGAGCUAAAAAUAUUCCUGUUUCGGGACCAAUAAUACAAGAAAAGGCCCGUGAAAUUGCAUCGAAUGAUGUAAAUAUUGAUAGUGUAAAUGAGUGGAAAUCGAAAAUAUCUGAAUACGUAAAAGAUUAUGAUGCAUGUAAUAUUUACAAUUGUGAUGAAACUGGACUUUUUUUUCGUGCGAUUCCAAAUAAAACAUUAAAACUUAAAGGGGAGCAAUGCAAAGGUGGAAAGUUAUCUAAAGAAAGAUUAACGGUGUUACUAUGUGGAAAUAUGGUCGGAGAUAUGGAAAAGCCUCUAGUGAUAGGAAAAUCAGUUAAACCAAGAUGUUUUAAAAACCUAGAUGUUUCAAAAUUACCCGUCAUUUGGUGUGCUAAUAAAAAAGCUUGGAUGGCCGGAUCGAUAAUGGAAAACUGGCUUAUUCAGUUUAAUAAUCGUUUGAUAAGAGAAAAUAGAAAAAUAAUUUUAUUCUUGGAUAAUGCGUCUUCCCAUCCAAAACUUAUUUUAUCAAAUUUAAAACUUGCUUGGUUCCCACCAAAUACAACAUCUUUAACUCAGCCUAUGGACCAAGGUAUAAUUUAUUGCGUUAAAAUAUAUGACCGUCGUUUUCUCAUGCAGUCUUUGAUUGCAAAUAUUGAUCAAAUAAAUAGUACUUCAGAAAUUUCAAAAAAAAUAACAGUUCUCGAUGCAAUACAGUGGUUAGAUGGCGCUGUAAAAUUAUUGAAGCGAGAAACGAUUAAAGCAUGUUUCACUAAAGCUGGUUUUACCUAUGAUGAUACAAAUGGUACACAUGAAAUAGAAAAAAUGAACGAACACAUCAAAGAAAACAUAAGUGAAAUGAACUUAACCGUAGAUGAAAAUAAUGUAAAUGAUUUUUUGAUAAUUGAUACAAAUUUGGUAACGGAGAGUCAAGAAAUGCAUUCACAAAAUGAUUGUGAAAGUAAUUCAUCUGGCGACGAAGAAGAAGUAAUGCAUGAUGAAAUGCUGUAUUCAAAAACGUCAGAUUCAAAAGAGUCUGAUGUUAUUCAUUCUAUUAAGAACUGGAUGAGACAUGCUGAAGCUAGAUACAAAAACAACUUACUCAAACAAAAAGAUGAUGCAGCAAAUGAUUUAGUGAUUUAG